UUGACUUCCUUGAAUCCAGAUAUGCACACACAACAAGACAUGGAGGUGAAACUCCUCAAAGGAUAUAGCUGGAAGAGAUGCAGUUUGGCUCAGGAUAAAGGUCCACUCAGGUGCCACAUUAAAAAAGGAUUCAUUCUGUUGCUCACAUUGACAUUCUUAUUGUCUGCCAUUGUUUACUUCUCUGACUUCACUCUCAAGACCACUGCACCUCCUCCUGGGACCUGGUAUAAAAACGUGGUAAAUCAGAUACGUUCCUUUUACAUGUCUAUUGAGUUCCCUUAUGGCCGUGAUAAUCAAGCAAUAUUUAUAGCAUCUGCGCCCACACCCAAAACUCAUCAACAAGUCCAGCAAAGAGCUACACAAAUUUCUAAGCAAACCACAGACAUUUCAGUGCAUUAUCAUAUAGCUCAUCCAAGCAACUAUCAUUACAUUCUGGAUGAACCUGAUAAAUGUCAGGAGAGUCCGUUCCUGGUCUUGAUGGUCCCCGUGGCGCCCCAUCAGGUAGAAGCUCGAAACGCCAUCCGGAGCACAUGGGGGAAUGAGAGCACAGUCCAGGGAAAAGCAGUGAUGACUCUCUUCUUGGUGGGUUUGACUGGAGGAUCCGACUCUGAAAAAGCUCAACAGCAGCUGGAGGAAGAGAGCCGACAACACAGAGACUUACUGCAGAGCAACUUUGUGGACUCGUACUUCAACCUGACCAUAAAGACGAUGGUGAUCAUGGACUGGUUGGCCACUCGUUGCCCUCAAGCCAGUUUCAGUAUGAAGGUCGAUUCUGACAUGUACUUAAACCUGGAAAACCUGGUUACUCUUCUAUUGGCACCCAACACACCCCGACAGAACUACAUCACUGGAAUGGUAAUGUGGAACCGGCCUGUCGUCAGAAACAAAAACUCAAAAUGGUACGUGUCAGAGGAGUCGUACCCCGAACCAAUUUACCCCACUUACCUGCUUGGAAUGGGAUAUGUUUUCUCCAAUGACCUGCCAGAAAAAAUAGUUGAGGCUUCCAAGGAAAUAAAGGCCUUCAACAUAGAAGAUGCAUAUGUGGGCGCUUGUGUGAAACAUUUGGGUAUUACACCCUCAUCCCCCCCAGACCCUUCACAGUUCAGAGCCUAUCUGGGACAAUAUAAACGAGAGGAUUUUCUCAGGGUCAUUACAACAAUCCUGGGAUCCCCGCAGCAGCUAAUAGACAUCUGGAAGGACGUAAAGAGAGCCACAUAGAGGGAUCAAAUUUGAGUGUUUAAUGGUUGCCUGAAAUUGAUUUACAUAAGACGCAAGACUGUGAUAAUGCACAAAUGUUUGGGGAAAAAUGCAUCAUUUUUUUCAGGAUAUUUUUUGUUUUUAU